AUGGCGAUCUUCUUCCUGGGCCUGGCCACACUGCUCUCCACCUCCCACAUUGCGUCCUCCGACUGCCAGCCCAGCGGGAUCCUCCCGGGAAAGUCGGGCGACUGCGACAAGAGCAACAGCCCGGAUUGCUGCGAGGACGGCAAGCAGUACACGCAGUUCCUCUGCUCGCCACCCGCAGUCUCCGCGCCCUCCGCAAAUGCGGCCGUCCUGACGCUCAACAGCUUCAGGGAAGGCAAGGACGGCGGCAGCCCCUCAGAGUGCGACAACGCAUUCCACGCCGACUCGGAGCUCGUGGUCGCGCUCUCCACCGGCUGGUUUGCGGGAAUGGCCCGCUGCGGCCGCAGUGUGAGGAUCACGGUCGUCCCGGGCGGGGGCUCCGUGUCCGCCAAAGUGGUGGACGAGUGCGACUCCGUGCACGGCUGCGACGCCGAGCACAACUUCGAGGCGCCUUGCGGCAACAACGUCGUCGACGCUUCCCCCGCGGUGUGGGACGCGCUGGGCCUCGACCGGAACCAAGGCUUGCAGGACAUCACGUGGUCUGACGAGUAG